AUGUACGUCUUCAUGAGCCAAAACAAACAAGCUACAAACAUCUUUGUGGUCGUACGGUGCACGCACUAUACAGUGCUAAAGCAUUCCCACCGCAGCACGACCGGAACCGACCAGUUGGUGUCCAACUCGGACAGAGCGUGUCUGGCCUCCACCGGGUUGGCAACCUCGUGCGUCGCAAACUUCGUGGCAAUACCAUUGGCGUAG